AUGUCAGAUGAAGAUAUGGAGACAAAAUAUGGAUAUGAAGUGGGUCAAAGUGUUGCAGUGUAUGCCUAUCAGAAAGGGCGUAGGGGGGUGGAUGAAAGUGAUCUAUGGUAUGGAAAAAUCGAAUCUCUACGGGUGGACAAGCGUGCAAAAGCUUCACAGCCUUUUUGGGUCAAAAUCAGAUGGUACUGGAGUGCAGACUUUCAAGAGCCAUCAUUCAAAAAGGCUUCUCAAUUAGAUUCAAGAUUCUUUUGCAUAGGAAGCCAAGAGCUAUUGGAAUCAGAUUUAUCCGAGUGGAUGGAGGCUGCAGUGUUAGCUGAUGUCACAGAGGUAGUCAAGUUUGAUGAGAUAUCUGGGGUGCUAAAACCUUGGGAUGGUCUAUACACCCGUUGGUCUGCAAGCUCUUCACCACCCAAACUGCAGACAAGGAGAUCCAACGGUUCUGCUCAAAUUGCAACUGGUGGUAUCAUAUUCAGAUGUCUUGAUGCACUUUCACCAUUGGGGUCUAUCAAAUCUCACUUGCCACCUACUGAAGUCCAAGCUCAUCACAAAGUAGGACCAACUUUUCAAAGCACUCAUUGCUGUCCGGUUGAACGUGGUAUCACAGCUGGAGUGUUUGGUAAUGGAUGGGGAAUACAUCAGGCACGCCAAUGGUACAACCAGUUGGUGAAUGAAGGACAUCAUCUGCCUGAUGACUGGAUCAUGCAGAUGGAUCAGAUUGAUACCAGAUGGAUUGCCCCCACAAAAAAUUUGGCCAAUACCACCUAUUACCAAUGUCCUGCCUGUCCAAAAUACUGGUUGUAA